CCGCGCCUGUUAACAUCCAGAUAUUUGUGACUGCACUGCACGCACACGGCACGCCAUCUUUAUUUAGCUCUGUGUUUUUACCUUAUCACAACUUUACUUUUUGACCCCGAGAGGCACGUUUUGUUUAUGGAGAGGGAGGGAGCGGAGGAGAGGAGGAUUAGCGUAAAUUACCUGCCGAGAUGAAAAGGUCGUCGUGCGAAAUGCUGCCCUCAUGUUGACAACGUGACGGUGCUGGACACAACCACGGCUACUUUUGGACCAACCUUCCCUAUUUAAUCUUUAAAAUGGACAUAAUGGACUUCUCAAUACAUUACGUUUUACUUAUAUUAACUUUGUGCGUAAACGUGGUAAUUACGCACGACUAUAGAGCCCAUUUAGGAGACAGACUACUUCUGCAGAGAGUAAAACGACAAAGUAAACCAGCCAAACCAGUGUUGAAGGUGACAGAGUACCAUGUGCGCUGCUCGGUGCUCUCGCGUUACGCUGUGACCAGGAUCCAGAGCUCUGUGUGGAACCAGCUCUCAUCCACCAAAGAGGCCGCCUUCGAGGUGGACCUGCCCUCAGCUGCCUUCAUCUCCAACUUCACCAUAACAUCCAACGGGAAAGUGUAUGUGGCGCAGGUCAAAGAGCGAGCGGCUGCCAGGAAAAUCUACGACGCCGCGAAGAAGCAGGGCCGAACCGCCGGGCUCGUGGCCACCAAAGAGAGGGAGAUUGAGCGAUUCCGCGUGGCAGUAAGCGCGCCCCCUGGUGUCCGCUUGUCCUUCUGCCUGACGUAUGAGGAGCUGUUAUUGCGCAGACUGGGCAGAUAUGAACUGAGUUUGGGGCUGAGGCCGGGGCAGCCUGUGGAGAACCUGACUGUGGAGGUGACAGUGUCUGAGAAAACUGAGCUCAGCUUCAUCAGAGUGCUUCCUCUGAAGACCAGCCGACUGAUCAACAAUGCUCAUGGUGAAGGCGAGCCUCCUCCCUCCACUCUGAUAGAGAAGACCUCUCACUGUGCUCGUGUCCUCUACAGCCCCAGUGUGGAGCAGCAGACCAGUGUCUCAGCUCAGGGCAUCAAUGCAGACUUCAUCCUCCAAUACGAUGUGGAGCUCAGGGACAUAAUGGGAGAUAUACAGGUUUACGAUGGAUACUUUGUGCACUACUUUGCUCCCAGAGGUCUCCCCGUGGUCCCAAAGGAUGUGAUAUUUGUCAUAGACAUCAGUGGCUCAAUGAUCGGCACCAAGAUCAAGCAGACAAAGCAGGCAAUGAGCACGAUCCUGGGAGACCUGAGGGAGGGAGACCAUUUUAACAUCAUCACAUUUUCAGACCGGGUCCAGACAUGGAAGAAAGGCCGGACUGUGCGAGCAACGCGCCAAAAUGUGCGAGACGCCAAAGAAUUCGUCAAGAGGAUCAGCGCCGAAGGAUGGACGAACAUAAAUGCUGCUCUGCUUUCUGCUGCUCAGCUCGUCAAUCCAUUGUCCACUUCCUCCCCUUCACGGAGAGUUCCUUUGGUCAUUUUCUUGACUGAUGGCGAAGCUACGAUUGGAGUCACAGCUAGCGAUACCAUCCUCAUUAACGCUAAGAAGGCACUUGGUUCUGCCUCAUUAUUUGGACUAGCGUUUGGUGACGACGCUGACUUCCUUUUGCUAAAACGCCUUGCCCUGGAUAACCGCGGCGUUGCCAGAAUGGUGUACGAAGACGCCGACGCCGCGUUGCAACUCAAAGGAUUUUAUGAUGAAGUUGCUAGUCCUUUGCUAUCGGACAUCCAGCUAACCUACUUGGACGAACAAGCAUUUGACGUCACCUGCUCUCUAUUUCCCAACUAUUUCCAAGGAUCUGAGCUAGUGGUAGCCGGAAGGGUCAAACCAGGCGUGAAAGAUUUUAAAGUCGCAUUGAGUGCAGUUGAUUCAAAGCAACGUGUUAAGUAUGAAAAUGACGUUUUAAUUUCAGGUUUGCAAGAGAAUAACAGUUUUGAUGGGUGUGUAGGAGAUGUAGAAGGCAUGUCAAGCUUUGUGAAUCGCUUAUGGGCGUAUUCCACAAUCAAAGAACUGCUCCUAGCUAAAUUAAACGCUACAGAUCCUUCAAUGCAAAGGCUAUUAGCAGACAAAGCAACCAAUCUUUCGCUUAAAUAUAACUUUGUAACGCCACUUACUUCUUUAGUUGUGGUCAAACCUGAUGAGGAAGCUAGUCCAACUACAGAAAAACCCACCACUACUCCAGCUACUAUUACUACAACAGCUACUACUUUGACGACCGCAAAAAUAAUCAAAAACUCAAAUGUCAUCAAGCAAAACAAAACUAAACCAGAACCGCCCAAGCCACCUCCAGUCCCGCUCAAAAAGACAACAGCUCCGAAUGUUAAAAUUACCAGGAAAACCACGACAACCGCAAGCCCAGACUUAACAAAAACUAACCCAGCGGGAAUUUUAGCGAGAAAGCCCACCGUUCCUAACCAAAAUGUGUCCAAAAUUGCAUCUCCUCCGCCUCUGCCUGCUGGGAAGAUCUCUACGUCAGUUCUCAAUGCACUAAAAACAGCACUACCACCUGCUCCAGGGAAAGUUUCAACCACAACCCACUCAAAUAUAGUGACUACGUCUGUUCUAACUACUAACACUGUAACGCAAGCAAUUUCUACAAGCAAAAUGGACCCCAAAAUGGCUACCACUCAACCUACUACUACUACUACUACUACUACUACAGCUAUUACUACUUUACCUCCUACAAAAGUCACCGUCCUCCCCAUUGGAAUAAUAAACAAUAACAUUACAGAAUCUAUGAAUGGACAAGAGUUGGUAACAGUGACGGCCUUGCCUCAGUUGGUUCCUCCUCUCAUCUCUUCUUCCAUCGAUCCUGUUCUAGAUGCAGCUAAUCACAGUAACAGUAAUUACAAUACAGAGGAAGAUAUAACUAUAGCCACCCUGAUUUCGGCCACUUUCGCCCCCAUGCCCGGAGUGCCAGAUGGGUCCAGACCGUGGGAGGCGGCGGGGGAGCUUCUGGAUGUCUCUACCUCCAUUCAAGUCCAGAGAAAAGAUAUUGAUCUUGAUAAAGACUAUGAUGCCACCUACGAUUAUGACUACAACCUCAACUAUGACCCCUGGGAUGAUACCGAUACAGACACCGAUACAUCUUUUGGUAAGACUUCUCAACUUGGCACAGUUAGAGUGUUUUCCUCAUCGGUGGAUGGAGAUCCUCAUUUUGUGCUGCAGCUGCCUAAGCUCCACGAGAGCCUGUGCUUCACUGUGGACGGUCGAGCCAAAGACGUGCUCAGGCUGUUAGAGGACCCAGACAAAGGUAUCAUUGUGGAUGGUCACCUGGUUGGAGCUCCCUCAAAACCUGGAGCAGAGGAUCGCUCCAGGACCUACUUCGACCGCCUCGUCAUCGCCAUGUCAACAGGCGGGUCAGCUGACAUCCUCAUCAGUGUCUCAUUGGACAGUGUGGUGCUAGAGGGCGAGGGGCGGGACAAGCUGCCUGUCAAUCAGCAGGGCUCCAUCAGGCGACAGGAAGUGACCGUUACUGUGGACAACCAUCACAGCUGCUGGAUCGAGCUGAGCCGAAAUGUGUGCUUCUUGGUUCUGUUUCAUUAUUACAAACACCCCAGCUACCUGCAGAUGGCACACUUGGGCUUCUACAUCACUAACGGACAAGGGCUCUCCCACAACACGCAAGGCCUUCUGGGACAAUUCCAGCACACAGACAUGACUGUCACCAGACUGAAGAACCACCAGGAGGCAAAUGCUAACGCUAACCGCUCCAGUCCCAAAGAGCCCACUGUGUCCAGGGGCAUUCUGCGAUGGGGGCAGCAGCACAUGAGGGUCACUCUACAGGACAAAACUUUCAAAGACUCAGUCCAAAGACGACAUUCGGGGAAGUGCUGGGUGGUCCCGAAGGCCGAGGUGGAGAGACUGUUAGGGCAUCCGUACGAGAGCUAUGUGGUGGAUCACGUCUAGGCUAAAUACAUCAUCAGAUGUUACAAAGGACUACUGGACAUUACAGGGUUAAUGGACAAAUGAACAAUGUGAAGGCAAUGACUCCAGGGGGCGCUAACAUGUACGAGAGGCGAUAGAGACUUAAAGGUACCGUAUGUGUGUUUCCCAGUUGCCAGGAUCCUCAGCUUCUGAACCACUUCGGACAGAUACAUGUCAUCAGAGCUCCGCCAAGUGGUGUUCCAGUUCCCCCAAAGCCCUCAUGUCCUCCGCGCUCAACUUUUCUGUUUGGCUCUUUUAUCAAGGAUGCACGGGUGGGUCCUUGGUUGCCUCGGAGCACUUGAAAUUCCCCACAAUGCACCUGCAAUUUCAUUUUUUCAAACUUUAUUUAAGCAGUAAAAUGCAUUUUAAUAAAAUAAACCUGAUUAUACAAUAAAAAAGAAAUCAAUAUUUUGCUAUUUUAGCCACAUUCCUGCAAAUAACACUAUUAUAAGAUUGAAUGAAUUGAAAUCAGGACAAAUGCAGCUAAAUCUCUUAAAGAAGGGGUUAGGAAUACAAUUAGCCAAAAAUCCCAAAAUGCCUCUGUACUUAUUUCUGUAGGCUAAUUAUCAGCCUAAACAACUCAAAAACAGAUGAUUCACUCAGCCUUUAUUAUUCAAGUUUUAAUGCCUUUAUGUUUGUAGAAGCAUUGAUGUUUAUUAAAAGUUUUAUCGCCUUUGAUUUGGUCAUGUGAUACGGCUCCAGAGCCUGCUCCAGGGGCGCUCACAGGGGCGCUCCCAGGAGUGGUGACACGGCUCUGCUUCAGAGGAGCCAACUUUGGAAGUGUGGUACAAAGUGGUCUUUGGUGGAAGGAUCCUGGGAAUUGAGAAACACCCUAUGUUUCUGGAGGUGGCAUGUCACUUGCAUGAUUAUGGAACCAGACAGUUAAAACCAUACUUCUCCAUUGAGAUAGAUACAUUUUAUGCCACAUUGCGGAAAAAUUAUAGCCAAAAGACCAACAUUUGAACAACCUGGAGACAUGCAGUAAGAGUCAAGCUUGUGGAGAUGCAAGCCCGCUCACAUUAAGGACACGUGUUUUUCAGUGCAACAAAAACAUGCUUUUAUUUUUGUCUAGUUUUUGGCUAAAAAGUGUCUCAAGUACAUGUGAUGUAUUGGUUUGGUGACAAGGAUAAGGGUGUAAAAAUAUCCAAAUGGUACAAUAUUACCAAAAUAAUCGCUGCAGCUUCAUGUUAAUAUGGUAUGUUGCUAAAAUGUUGUUUAUUUUACAGGGACUAUGUUCAGCUGCAUGAAGAGAUGCUUUGUACCAGACUAUAGCUUUCAGAGCUCAUUUCCAUCUGUCCCUGAGACAUACAAAACACAGAAUACACAAACGGCACAAAAGUACAAUUCAUGAUAAAAAAAACAUAUAAAGACGAGCUCUAUCUUUCUCACUCUGCUCCCUCUAUGGCCUUAAUCGGAUACAGUUUAGUUCAGUAAAAUGAUUUUUUCCUUCAUUUGAAAAUAUCAGUUUCCAAAAACAAAUUAUUUUAAACCAACUGUAAACAAAUAAAAAUGUUUAAUUUGGCUGCUCCCUCUUUCAUUGGCACAGUGAAGCAACUGUUUGGUGAUUUGGUUUAAUACUCACAGCAUCAUGUCAUGCAGAAACGUGAAUGAAACCAAAUACAACUUUUUAUGAUUAAAAGCUAAAAAAGGGACCACGGCAUAAUUCAAAAUGUGACCCAUAUUGCCAAAGUCGUUCUUGAUAAAUAAAAUGCACUUAUGUAAAAAUGAGAGGAAAGACAAUUUGUGCUUAAUGCUGUGAGGAUAUGAAAGAGGUCAUUGUAGAUUUCAAAUGAACCGAACUGCGUCCUGUAUUUCACCAACACUGCAUCUUUCUGUUCACACGGCAACCAGGAAAUCUCCAUUUGAGAUGCUGUUUGGGCUCCUCAUGCAAGACAUUUACUCGUAUUUACCAUGAGAUUCAUAAUUAGAGCUUUAUUUUGUUUAAUAUGUACAUUCUGUUUUAAGUUGUGUAUUUUAUCAAGUUUGUUAAGUAGGUAUGUGAAAUCUUAGUUACAAAUAUUUGAUGAAGAGUUUAAAGAAUUAACAUGAAUAAAAUAAUUGUCAAAUCAUUAAUUUACACUGUCAUAGCAUCAUAUUAUGUUUUCUUCGAUUGCUGCGGAUUUACUCAUUUGUUUAUUUUAUAUAUGAAUUUGUCUAAAGAUAAGGAUUUGCUUUGUUGACAUCUGUAAUAAUGGUUAAAUGUAAAAUAGA